UAUCUGUGUUUACAUUUUGGUUCAAACAAGAAAAAACAGUGGAGGGAAGAAGGAUAUCAACGUUUCAUUAAACUUCGUCUAGGUAAUGGCAGCUGCUCUAUCAUUCUAUGGUGUCCCUGUUAAUUUGAAGAAACGGUCUUCUGCCCGAUAUGUGAAUUACUUGCAAAAUGUGGGCUGUCGACGUUCUUUAACAAUCAAGUGUGGUCUCGACGAUUUCAUUGGAGGAGAUUUACUGAAAUUUGAUCUAGGCCAAUGGUUAUCUGAUGUAGAAGAACACAAAGCGUUGGCAAUAUAUUCCCCUCACGAGGGAGGUUACGAAGGACGUUAUCUUACACGUCUGAGGUACCAAGGCUACCAUUUCCUUGACCUCUCAGCUAGAGGUCUUGGAGAUCCCGAGACAACACUCACUAAGAUCCAUCCUGUUUGCCCUGCUCACGUGGGGAAACAGCCCAUAGCUCGAUGGUAUUUUCCUCCUGAGGUGGAUUAUAGACUCUCCUUACUGCCGCCAAGCUCCAAAGGUCUUGUUGUUUGGAUAAUUGAAGCUAAGGUGCUGUCGAAAUCAGAGUUGCAAUUUCUUGCUUUACUACCUACUCUCCGACCUAAAGUAAAAGUCAUUGCAGAAUGUGGAAACUGGAGAAAAUUCGUGUGGAAACCGCUGAAAGAAAUAGCUGGAUUGACUGAUGAAAAUGUGGCAAGUGCCACAGGAUCUCCAGUCCUAAAUUUCAAAUGAAUUAUAACAAGGAGAACAAGAGAUUGUAGCUUUCAGUAGAUAAUAUGUAAUUCGUGUACUGCACAUAAUGAAACCAUUUUAUUGCAAACAACACAGGCUUUGCAGUCGCCAAAUCAAAAGAAUAAGUAGUGUUCAGUGUAUGAUAGUCAGGCCAAACUAACUCAGUUCGGUUUACAUUGAAUUUCUUGUACAUGUAAUAUACAGUUAUUAACAUGCCUUAAUGCAUUGCGGGCAAGAAUUGUGUGAGACUUGCUCGCUCUAUUAGCCAUGA